CCCACGAGAGCGCACGCCAGCCGCUCCGGCCCGCCGCCCCCAUGAACAUGUCAGUGCUGACCCUGCAGGAAUACGAGUUCGAGAAGCAGUUCGACGAGCAUGAGGCCAUCCGCUGGAUGCAGGAGAACUGGAAGAAGUCUUUCCUGUUUUCGGCCCUGUAUGCUGCCUUUAUCUUCGGGGGUCGGCACCUCAUGAACAAGCGGGACAAGUUUGAACUGAGGAAGCCGCUAGUCCUCUGGUCACUCAGCCUCGCGGUCUUCAGUAUAUUCGGUGCUCUUCGAACUGGUGCUUACAUGCUGUAUAUUUUGAUGACCAAAGGCAUAAAGCAAUCUGUGUGUGACCAGAGUUUUUACAAUGGACCUGUCAGCAAAUUCUGGGCCUACGCGUUCGUGCUGAGCAAAGCACCAGAACUCGGAGACACAAUCUUCAUCAUCCUGAGGAAGCAGAAGCUCAUUUUCCUGCAUUGGUACCACCACAUCACUGUGCUCCUGUACUCCUGGUACUCCUACAAGGACAUGGUGGCUGGGGGCGGCUGGUUCAUGACCAUGAACUAUAGCGUGCACGCCGUCAUGUACUCCUACUACGCCCUGAGGGCCGCGGGUUUCCGCGUGCCCCGCCAGUGUGCCAUGUUCAUCACCUUGUCCCAGAUCUCCCAGAUGCUCAUGGGCUGCGUGGUUAACUACCUGGUCUAUUACUGGAUGCAGAAGGACCACUGCUACUCGCACUUCCACAACAUCUUCUGGUCCUCGCUCAUGUACCUCAGCUAUCUUGUGCUGUUCUGCCACUUCUUCUUCGAGGCCUACAUCGGCAGAAUGAAGAAAACCAGGAAGGUGGACUAGCGCAUGGGCCAGGGGGGACUGAGGAGGAAGCCAUAGCUCAGGGUCACCAAGAUAAAAAAAAAUAAAUAAAUAAAUAAAAAUAAGCAAAACACAGACACACCAACAAAACAAAUACAAGACAAAAGAAAAUGGCACAAGGAAUCCCAUAUAUGGUGCAGCUACAACAAAACACGGGAGCAAACAAGCCCCCCCCCCCCACGGCAGCUGAGUGAGAGUUAAAGGUUGGCUGGAUCCAGUAAGUUGAUGAUCCUUUUUUAAAUUAAUUUGGGGGGGGGGGUGAGGACUCACUGAGUAUAUGCCCAUCUCAAAUGACCGCUGCUAGAACACCCUGCCCACUCUGCCUGUCAGCAGUAGGACACAAGAGAGAACAGAAGUGAGGCAGAGACAAAACCAUCCAGAGAGCAAGCAAAAAGUUAGUAACACUAGAUGAAAAAAGUAUUUACUAAGAGUUCUAUUUCUCUAAAAAUCAAAGAAGUUUACUUCAACUCUGCCAGCACAUGUGUGCAUACGUUUGCGCACAUAUCCUUUUUGGUUUGGGGGGGGGGGCAUGGAACCAGAGCCAAUAGAAAAGAUUUAAACCUGGAAGCAACACGGUGUUACUCGAGACCAAUAAUACUUUUGAAAAAAAAAAUAAAAGACUUUGAAAGCAGAGCGUAGUCACAGCAGCCCUGCCUGGAAGAAAGGGACUCAGAAAGCAGAUGCAGAUGCUGAGGAGUGAAAGCCCAAAGUUGCCCUUUGCAAAUGCAGCUGGGGUGGGAGGACAAGGUGAGUAGGGUUUCUCCCGGAAGAAGGGGACAGCACAAACUGGCUGCCCAGUGGGUCUCUGCCCACCAAGCCUCGCUCAAAUGAAGGAGGAAAAUGCUCCCACAGUGGCUCGGCAGCUCCCCAGGCCUGCGAACACAAGGGCAGGUGCAACGCAAGAAAGCUAAAAGCCCGGCAAACGAUUUGAAAACAGCUUCUGUACCCACAAGCCAUUGAAGAAGUUUCCAUUCAGCCCGGCAUCUUCCUCCUCACACUGGGAAGGACAGAGCAGGCUGAAGAUGAGUGUCAGAGACGCGUAGCACCCUCUACACUGCCCCCCCUUCCUUUCCUCUCACUUCUCACACACUUCCUGGUUCCCCAAACAGAAGCCCUUGGUGUGAUCCAUAUUUUCUCUAUUUUUUUGUGACACUCACAAAGAAUCUUGUAGGGGUCCUCCUAAUUUCGGGUGGUCUCUUCUGCACCCUCUGUGCUUGCACCCAUCCCCAAGCCAGCCCCCAAAGCAUUAUUGGGGUGUCUAAAGUGUUCUCUGCUGUUCAAGUGGAGAUAUUUCUACAAACACUUCAUGGUGAGUUGGGUUGGAACAAUUAGUUGACAACCAAGGGCCCCUUCUAGAUUUAUCCUUAAAAUUUUUUAAAUGAUAGAAAAAAGCUUUUCUUUUCCCUUUUUUUGGCCAAAUCAGAAGACAUUUUAUUUGCUUCAAAAGGGACUUUCUUUUUUGCGCACUAGAACUCAGAAAAAAAAUCAACUUAUUAAGAGCCAUAUUCUUUAAGGAGAGAAGAAAAAAUCUAAAUAUAUUACAUGUGAUAUUUCAAUCCUUUCCAAGCCAAAUGUGUAAAUGUUCCUAGUAUUUCAAAAAAAAAAAAAAAAAAAGGCAAUGACAUCAAGUUGUUCAAUGUGAUAUAAUAGUAUUUUAAUUGGUUAAAUAGCUUAUUGAUUAGACCAACUAGAUGAAACAUUUUAGGGACUACGCGAUCAUACCACCUAGAUUAUUCAUGCAUUAUAACCAUGUAACACACAUGGAUGGAGGCUGCCCUGAUUUUAAAGCCCAAACGAAUAGAAAAACCUAUUUUCUGAUUAGCAGAAAUAAGAUACUGUUGUUCAAAAAAAAAAAAAAGAUUAAAAAAAUCCUACUUGCUUUAUUUGAAAGUGUACAGAAAAGGGAUUUUUCAAAUUAUUUUUAUAUUAUUUUAGCUUGACCGAAAACGCUGUCAUUCAUGAAACAGAGUCUCUCUGCUGGAGAUGACACGGGCUUUCUCUGCAUCUCAUUUUAUGUGUGGAAACCUGAAUGAAUAAAAUCCGUAUUCCAUCCUGUGUGAGGGG